CCUCUCCUCCUGCCUUGUGUCUGUGAGCUCUAAUUUCUGCCUGCCCAGCCGGUGCCUCUGCUCUCUCUCUCACGGUCUCCUUCACCGAGUCUCACACUCUGCAGACAAAAUGAAAACUUCCAGGCAAACUACAUACUCCGUGCGCUCCUCCACCAGCAGCAGACCCCCUGCCAUGUCAAUCACCCGCACCUCCGCUCCCGUCUACAGGGCCUCCAGCAUUCACGGUGGGGCCGGCGGGUCCCGCAUCAGCGUCUCCUCCUCCACCGUCCGCGGCGGCCUGGGAUCCGGCAUGGGGCUGGGAUCCGGCCUGGGGAUGGGUCUGGGUCUGGGCUCUGGCGCCGGGGGCUUCUCCAGCAGCAUCCAGGUGAGCGGCAGCGGCAACACCGCCAACAUCAUGGGCAACGAGAAGUUUGCCAUGCAGAACCUGAACGACCGCCUGGCCAACUACCUGGAGACGGUGAGGAACCUGGAGCAGGCCAACCACAAGCUGGAGGUUAAGAUCAAGGAGGCCCUGGAGAAGAGCGGCCCCGACUUCAGAGACUACAGCAAGUACCAGGUCAUCCUGGACGACCUGAGGAAGAAGGUGUUCGAUGCCACCACCGACAACGCCCGCCUGGUCCUCAACAUCGACAACGCUCGCCUGGCGGCCGAUGACUUCAGAGUGAAAUACGAGUCCGAGCUGGCCAUCCGUCAGUCCGUGGAGGCAGACAUCGUCGGCCUGAGGAAACUCAUCGACGACACCAACAUGAGCCGCAUGAACCUGGAGAGCGAGAUCGAAUCCCUGAAGGAGGAGCUCAUCCACCUCAAGAAGAACCACGAAAAUGAGGUCAUGGAGCUUCGCAACCAGAUCGCCCAGUCCGGAGUCCACGUGGACGUCGACGCUCCAAAGGGCCAGGACCUGGCUCAGAUCAUGGCAGAAAUCAGAGCCAAGUAUGAAAAGAUGGCACAGAAGAACCAGGAAGAACUCAAAGCGUGGCACGAAACUCAGAUAACAGAAGUGCAGACCCAGGUGAUGCAGAACACAGAGGCCCUGAAGGGCGCCCAGACAGAGGUGAACGACCUACGCCGACAGGUUCAGACUCUGGAGAUCGACCUGGAGUCACAGAGGAGCCUGAAAGCCUCUCUGGAGGGCACACUGAGGGACACGGAGAUGCGCUACAACAUGGAGAUCGAGUCUCUCAACAGCGUCCUCCUGGGUCUGGAGGCGGAGCUCACACAGCUGCGUAACAACAUCCAGGUGCAGACACAGGACUACGAGUCCCUGCUCAACACCAAGAUGAAGCUGGAGGCCGAGAUCGCCACGUACAGACGCCUGCUGGACGGUGAAGACUUCAGUCUCAAGGACGCACUGGAGGACCAGAAAACAGUGAAGACCAAAGUGAUGACCGUCACACAGACGCUGGUGGACGGCAAGGUGGUUUCCUCCAGCACAGAGACCAAGAACCUUUGAACGCCAGAAGAAGCCAAACACUCAACGACCACUGUCUCUCACUCGUAACAACCAGCAUCCAUUGGCCAAAAUGUUACUUCCUCCUCAGUCAUAGCGCACUAACCAUCAGGCCCUCAGCUCUCUCUCUGCUGUUAGUUUGACUUCCCGAGCACACAGCUCCUCGGCUAGGCCGAUAAACAAACUGGAACAGAGGAAAACCUAAUCAUCUGUUAUUUAUUUCAUCAUGGUUUAUUUAUGUGUUUCUGUGUCGACGUGAAGGUGUUUACAAAAAGUUAAGAAUUAGACGAGAUUUUAUAAUUUUUGGGGGGGGGGAGUUUGUUUGUGGUGCCAAACAUUUCAAAGAAGUGAAAGAGUCCAUUCAAUUGCAAAUAAAACAAAGCGUUAUAUUUCAUCGUCCUUGGUUUUCUUCCUCGUCCGUUUGACUUCGCCUGCCGUGCUGUGACGUUCUGACAUUUCAAUAAAGGCCGUUUGAUAAAUUG